CUUUACCCCUUUUUAUCACGUAGCCCAAUCACUUCUAACCCGCGUCCAUACCGAGCGUCAAAGAAACGGUGCUACUUUUUCUUUACAUUUCUACUCUUUCUCUCUAUCUUCCUUACUUUUCUUUCUUUCUUCCUCCAAUCAAUAAUCAUCAAAAUCCAAAUCCAUUUUCUAGAAACAAACAAACAGUCUCCAAUUUGCAGGAAUCCCCAAAUAUUAUUAAUAAUUAAUAAUAAUUAUUUUUACUCGUACUUGGUUGAUUCUCAAACUCUGCAAAAUUGGGUUGUUGCAGCAACACCCAUUCGAUUAAUGGCUUGCUUUUAAUUUCUGUCUUUACUAAUUCCUCCACCACAAUUAAUUCACUCACACAAAUCUUGUUGAAGUGGUAUUUAUUGUGAUAGUUGGUCUUCUCAACGGCUUCUACAAGGGACUGCUUUUAAUUCCCAUAAGACUUCUGAACUUUUCUGUUUUCUUUCUUGCACAAAUCAACCUCAUGAACACGGAAACCCUCCAGAAUUGAUUGCAGAUUGAAGAAGAAGAUGAAAGUUUUGAUUUUUAAAUUUGCAAUUUUCUGCGUUUUCAUUUCAGUAGCAAAAGCAAAUGACAAUUCAACAACUUGCCGAAGGUAUUGCAACGGAACAACAGUAAAUUACCCAUUUGGAUUCUCUAAUAGUUGCGAAUUUCAAUUGAAUUGUACAUAUGAUGGAAGAAUGGAAUUCAUGGGAUAUCAACUUAGAAACAUAACAUGGAAUUCUAUUUCACUUAAUCUGACAGCAAAUUGCAGCCGUCCAAUUCGUCAAAUCCGACGUUUGUUCGGGAAAAACUACGCGUUGACGGCAAGAAAUGGGUUACUCUUACAACAUUGUAGUACGCCGUUAAAUGGGUGUGUACUUCCGGCGAGUUUAGUGGAGAGUAGAUUUCAGAGGUGUGAUGAGAGGAGAGAGAAUAUGAGUUGUUUUGCGACGGAGAAUCCAAUAGGUGGAGGUGGAAUUUUGAGGUACGAGGAUGUUAAUAGUACUGGGUGUACUAUGUUGUUUUCGUCGAUUGUUGUUGAUGAUUCUGGUGCUGUAAAUGAUUCCGACGCUUUACUUGAGUUUCAGACGCUUCAGUUGAGUUGGUGGCUUACUGGCACGUGUCUUUGUGAUGUUAACGCUGUUUGUAAUCCUGUUGGAGCUUCCGGUUACCAGUGUCGCUGUAAUACGGGUUUCUCCGGUGAUGGGUUUGUCAAUGGAGUAGGUUGCCAUAAUGAUUCAAUGGCAGAUACUCAGCCUGUCGCAAACGAAGUUGGAGGAAUAACAUAUCCUGUUCUUAUUGGAGGCAUUGUUGCCGGUGCUGCUGCUAUGGCAAUCCUGGCUAGUAUAUGCUACUUUUGUCGGUGUCGCUCCAUUUUUUCAAAAAGACAGACAAGUGCAAGGCACCUUCUUUCUGAUGCUGCUGGUAACACUCCUGUUCCGCUGUAUCCUUACAAGGAGAUUGAGAGAGCCACACAUGGCUUUUCUGACAAGCAACGAUUAGGAACUGGUGCAUAUGGUACAGUUUAUGCUGGAAGACUUCACAACAGUGACUAUGUGGCUAUCAAAAAGCUUAAACAUCGAGAUAUGGAUAGUAUUGAUCUCGUUAUGAAUGAAAUUAAGCUCCUUUCCUCUGUCAGUCACCCAAACCUUGUCCGUCUUCUUGGUUGCUGCAUAGAAAACGGCGAGCAGAUCCUUGUGUAUGAAUAUAUGGCCAAUGGAACUCUUUCCCAGCAUCUGCAGAGAGAGAGAGAGAAUGGAAAGCCCCUUCCUUGGACUGUACGCCUUACCAUUGCAUCAGAAACGGCCCAAGCCAUAUCCUAUCUUCACUCAGCCAUGAAUCCUCCCAUUUACCACAGAGACAUAAAAUCAAGCAAUAUAUUAUUAGAUUUUGAUUAUACAUCAAAAGUAGCAGAUUUUGGUCUUUCGAGACUUGGGAUGAUGGAAUUAUCCCAUAUCUCAACUGCUCCUCAGGGGACUCCGGGAUAUGUAGAUCCUCAAUACCAUCAGAACUUCCAUCUUUCUGACAAAAGUGAUGUUUACAGUUUUGGGGUAGUUUUAGUGGAGAUUAUAACUGCAAUGAAAGUGGUAGAUUUUAACCGGCCUCAUACUGAGAUAAACUUAGCUGCCCUUGCUAUUGACAGGAUAGGAAAAGGACGCAUUGAUGAGAUCAUUGAUCCAUUUAUCGAGCUGCACCGGGAUGCUUGGACUCUUGCUACUGUUCAUAAGGUGGCGGAGCUUGCUUUUAGAUGCCUAGCUUAUCACAGAGACAUGAGGCCAUCGAUGAUGGAAGUUGCUGAUGAACUAGAGCAAAUCAGGCAAAGUGGAUGGGCCCCUCUGGAGGAUUAUGUGUGUAUAGGAUCAUCGGUUGCAUCUUCUUGUUCCUCACCUUUUCAUGGAAGUGAGAGAUCACUUGGUGGUUUAUCAAUGAAGAAGUCAGUAGGAAGCCAAAGACUUAUUGUUCCACAGAAAGCAAUGGAUCAUCUAGCUGCAUUAGAGGAGGGGAAAGAUAGUUCACCUGUAUCAGUUCAUGAACCUUGGUUCAGUGAACAAAGCUCACCUUCAACAAAUAGUUUGUUGGAUAAUGUAAUUCAGUGAGCCCAACUCGACUGUGUUGUCGUAUAAUGUGCAUAACUAUCAAUUUUGCUGCUUAUUCUGAUUGUACAUGGAUUUUGUUUGUCCUCUUAUUGUCCACACAAGGGGUGGUACAUAUUGAGAACUCAAGUGAAGUUUUUAAACAAAUGUAGGACAUUAUAUUGUAGGAUGUGUAUUGUAUAUGCCUAAGAGAUCACUUAUCGGUCCACAUUAUUAAUUUCACCACAUCCAUGAGACCAUGACCCCCUCUUAGAACUCCCCUAGAUUAUAUAUACCGAUGACCGUACCAAGGCAUCAAAUGGUCACUAUUUUAGUACCUUUUGAAGACUUGUGAGAGGAGAAAGAUGAAGAGCAAGGAGGUGACAAGGUUGAUUGGUAUCGAUUUAUAUAGAAGAAAAAUGGCGACCAAGUACGUGGCUAUGAAUGGGAAUGGUAGCAUAUAUGUAGAAUUGACAAGGUUUGAUUUCAUAUAAAUUACGACUUCUUUCAAAUCGAAAAUGAUAUGUCAAAUUGUAUAAUAUGAUCAAUUGAUUAAAUAGUUUGUUUUAAGUACAUUGAUUUUAUGUU